AUGGAGUCCAAGAGAUCCCGAACCGUAGUUUCCACAACUAUCACUACCGAGCCUUCCUCCGGAGAGGAUUCAAUCAAUAACCAAGCUCUCCAGGGCCAGAUCAACGACCUGACACAACAGAUCUCUCUUCUACAGAGAAAGACCGACGAGCUCGCGCAGAUAGUACAUAGGCAGGAAGAACACGAGCAAGAAACCCCACCAAAGGAGACAGAACGUCCCAGCUAUAAAUUCCCGACUAUUCGUGCCAAAGAGGAAGGCGUUCAUCGCAGAGAUGACCCCAAUGGACACCCCACAAAUGUACAAGUAUGUAACUGUCGAUGUAGAUCACCUGACGGCGGCCCAAACACAAUAGGUGGUGGCGUGUACCUCGGUCUCGUUCGCGCCGGGGAUGUCGUCCAGCUCGGCGUCCGCAUGCAGAAGGAACUGGACGAUGGACUCCGCGCGAUUGCCGUACGUAUGUUUCCACGUGGAGGAAAAGCCGACAGAUUCACGGAAGAGCGUCAAGCAAUGGUAGAACUGCUCAACAAGGUGUCGCUGAGACAGGAUGUCGUCCCUGUAGUUGGUGAAGACUAUUUUGCCCGCUAUUAUGACCCUAACAGGGGAAGAUACCAGAGAGCGGCAGGGGCGCGCUACGGAUACAUGGGCAGGAUGCCGGAAUCUAGAAUUAACGCCUUCUAUUAUGAGACUUUCCUGCAGUUGGUCCUGCUUCGAGGAAUCGACUUGGAGGCGCUGCCGUAG